AUGAUGUGGGCUUGGAAAGUCGCCCCCGCCCUCGCCGCGGGCUGCACCGUCGUCAUGAAACCUUCCGAGCUCACCCCCCUCACCGCCCUCGUCCUCGCCGACCUCAUCAAAGAAGCCGGUAUCCCCGCGGGUGUCGUCAACACAGUCCCCGGCUUGGGUGCCACAGCCGGCGAUGCCAUUUCGCGUCACAUGGGUAUCGACAAGGUCGCCUUCACAGGGUCGGUCGUCACUGGCAGGCGUAUCUCCAUUGCUGCUGCAGAGUCCAACUUGAAGAAGGUCACUUUGGAAUUGGGCGGCAAGUCACCAGUGUUGGUGUUUGAUUCGGCGGAUAUUGAGGAGGCGGCGGAUUGGGUUGCUAUGGGGAUCUGGUUCAACUCUGGACAGGAUUGCUGCGCUGGUAGUCGUCUCUAUGUCCAGGAGGGCAUUUACGACAAGUUCCUUGCGGCUUUGAAGACGCGAGCCGAGAGUGCCGCAAUCGGCCAGCCGCAUGACGAAAAGACCUCCUUCGGUCCCCUUAUUUCGGAAGGUCAACGAGACAAGGUUCUGGGCUACAUCGAGUCUGGCAAGAAGGAAGGUGCCGAGGUCCUCACUGGCGGUAAGAAAUGGCCUCAGUCCAACGGCGGGUUCUGGAUCGAGCCCACCAUUCUUUCCAACACCAACCGAAACAUGAAGGUCGUCAAAGAAGAGAUCUUCGGUCCCGUCAUUGUCGCCUCCCCAUUCAAGACCGAAGAAGAAGUCCUCGAAGUCGCCAACGACACCGAAUACGGCCUCGCUUCUGCCGUCUUCACCAACGACGGCCGACAGGCUACCCGAGUCAGCUCUGCACUUGAGGCAGGUACGGUCUGGGUGAACCAGUAUGGUUUGCUCCAUACUGGUGUGCCGUUUGGUGGAUUCAAGACCUCCGGUAUCGGGAGGGAAUUGGGCACUUACGGGUUGGAGGCUUACACGCAAGUCAAGGCUGUGCACAACAACUUGUCGCAGACUAUGCCUUGGCCCCUGUAA